AUGGAGGGGCUGGAGCGGUGCAGGACAAAGUUUACGUUGGACCUGCACCCCAGCAAGCUCGCCAGCGCAGCCCAGGGCGUGCGCGCCCACCUGAGCUCCUUGCUCCUGAGAUACAAUGAUGACCUGGAGGGGGUGAUGCUGUCCUACAGCAAUGCGCGGCUGCUGACGCGGCAGGCAUCCAUACACCCCUACUUUGCCUUUGUGCGUGUCGAGGUGGCGGUAGACGGGGUGCUGUUCCACCCCAAAGCCGGCAUGCGCCUAGUGGGCAUGGUGAACAAGGUGGGAGCCGACUACAUUGGUGUGCUGCUGCUGGGCUUCAUCAACGUCUCCAUCGCCGCAGACCAGAUUAGAGCGGAGUUUAGACCGCGGCCGAUGGAGCGCUGCUGGGUGAGCAGCAAGGCGCCGCGGCACCGCCUGGAGGUGGGCACCAAGCUGCACUUCACGGUGGCAGCGGUGCAGCAUUCUGGCCAGUUCGUCAGCCUGGCGGGCUCGCUGCUCCAGCCAGGCACGGGGGCCGACGGCUUUGCAGCGCCGCCCGCCGCGGCGGCGGGGGCGGCACAGCAGCAGCAGCGGCGGCGGAAAGACCAGCGGCGGCAGUCGGGGCAGCAGCCAGGGCAGCAGCAGCAGCAGCAGCAGCAGCAGGACGCGCCUGGCAAGAAGCAGAAGAAGCGGAAGAAGUGCAAUGCGGCGGAGCGCGGGGAGCAGCAGCCGCAGCAGGCGCAGUCUGCAGCGCCGCCGCCGCCUGCCCAGCAGCAGCAGCAGCAGCAGCAAGGUGUGCAGGCGGCGGGCAAGAAGGGCAAGAAGAGCAAGCCAAAGCAGGCUGGUGAUGCCCAGGCCCAGGCCCAGCCUGCGCAGCAGCGGAACGGCGGCGAGGCGGCGGGGGCGGCGGCCGCCUCUGGGAAGAAGGAGAAGCAGAAGAAGCGAAAGGCGGAGGGCGAGGCGGCGGCUCCGGCGGCGCAAGGGGUGGCAGCGGUAGGCGAUGGCGUCAAUCAACAGGAAAAGAAGAAGAAGAGGAAGGACAAGCACUGA